AUGCCGAUCAUCAGCAAUGCCAACCAUGACUUCAGCGUGUACUCGGUCAGCAGCGACGACAGUAGCUUUGACCGCUUCUUCACCGAGAUCCCAGAGACCGAGACCCUCAAGGGGGUCUACUACAGCCGAGCACAGCGGCUCCGGGAGCCCAGGACGCAAGCGGAGCCUGACCUGGCCAUCAUCAAUGUCGGGGGGAACAGCUACGCCUUCCCCUGGUCCACGCUGGAGAAGUUUCCCCAGACCCGAUUGGGCAGACUGCGCUUCUGCUCGACGCCCGAGGAGAUCUCCCGACUUUGCGACGACUAUGACGAGAUACGGAAGGAGUUCUUCUUUGACCGCAACCCGAUGGCGUUCAGGAUGAUCCUGAACUUCCUGGCAGCGGGGAAGCUGCGUCUGCUGCGUGAUCUGUGUGCUGUGAGCUUACAUGAUGAGCUAAACUAUUGGGGCAUGGACCCAAGUCACAUGGAGCGCUGCUGCAGGCGCAAGCUGCUGACUCGGGUCGACGAGAAGACUGAGAAGGACCGGAAAGACCAGGAGUGGAGACAGAGGAGGAGUCACCUGCAGCAGCAGAGCCAGGACAUCAGGCAGGGCUUCAGCAGGCUCGUGUGGAAGGUGAGGGAGAUCGUGGAGAAUCCUCACUCUGGGAUCCUGGGGAAGAUCUUCGCCUGUGUGUCGGUGGUCAUGGUUCUGGUGACCGUGGUCAGCCUCUGCAUCAGCACCAUGCCUGACCUGAGGGACGAAGGGAAGAGGGUUCCUCAGGCGGAAAAGAAGGAUGGAGUUCCCUCCAGUCAAUCGCUCUGGUCAGCACCAAUCCACGGCUCAAAGCGGAGACUGUAG